CGGGGGCAGCCGGCGGAGGAGCGGAGCGAGGAGGAUGCGAGUGCGGCGGCGCCGCCCCGACCCCGCGCUGAGCUGAGCCUAGCCGAGCCGAGCCGCCUCAGGGCAUGUUUUCGAGCCAUUUGUGAGGAAAUGUGGUGAAUGCAAACUUGCUCUGUUGGGGGGGAAAUUGUGCUGAGGCUUGCAUUAGCCCUUUUGGUCACAGCCUUGCGUGGGGAAUUCAUGUCGAGCUGAUUGCUUCCCAGGACCCCGGGUCUCAUAUUCAGUCUCUGCUUCGGAGGAUAGAGUCCUCUCUCUCCCUCUCAUCCUGAUUUUAGAUAAUGGGCUGUGUGCAAUGUAAGGAUAAAGAAGCAACAAAACUGACUGACGAGAGGGAUGGCAGUUUAACUCAAAGCUCAGGCUACCGCUAUGGGACAGAUCCUACUCCGCAGCACUAUCCUAGCUUUGGUGUGACUUCAAUCCCAAACUACAACAACUUCCAUGCCACAGGAGGCCAAGGACUGACUGUGUUUGGUGGAGUCAACUCCUCCUCUCAUACAGGGACACUGCGUACAAGAGGAGGAACAGGUGUAACUCUUUUUGUGGCUCUUUAUGACUAUGAAGCAAGAACAGAAGAUGACUUGAGUUUUCACAAAGGAGAAAAAUUCCAGAUACUUAACAGCUCGGAAGGAGACUGGUGGGAGGCUCGUUCCUUGACAACAGGCGAAACUGGUUACAUUCCCAGUAAUUAUGUGGCUCCAGUCGAUUCCAUCCAAGCAGAGGAGUGGUACUUUGGCAAGCUUGGCCGAAAAGAUGCUGAGAGGCAGCUGCUGUCAUUUGGAAAUCCCAGAGGUACCUUCUUGAUCCGGGAAAGUGAAACUACCAAAGGUGCCUAUUCCCUGUCUAUUCGAGACUGGGAUGAUAUGAAAGGAGAUCAUGUCAAACAUUAUAAGAUUCGUAAACUUGACAAUGGUGGAUAUUAUAUCACAACUCGGGCACAAUUUGAAACUCUUCAGCAGCUGGUUCAGCAUUACUCAGAAAGAGCUGCAGGUCUUUGCUGCCGCUUAGUAGUCCCCUGUCAUAAAGGAAUGCCAAGGCUUACUGAUCUGUCUGUCAAAACCAAAGAUGUCUGGGAAAUUCCACGAGAAUCCCUACAGUUGAUCAAGAGACUGGGAAAUGGGCAGUUUGGGGAAGUAUGGAUGGAGAAAGCUGAUGGUUUGUGUUUUAACUUAACUGUGAUUGCUACGAAUAAUACCCCACAAACUGUUGGAUUGGCUAAAGAUGCAUGGGAAGUUGCACGUGAUUCAUUAUUUCUGGAACAGAAGCUUGGUCAGGGGUGUUUCGCUGAAGUGUGGCGUGGUACGUGGAAUGGAAAUACUAAGGUGGCUAUCAAGACCCUGAAGCCUGGCACCAUGUCUCCAGAAUCCUUCUUAGAGGAAGCCCAAAUUAUGAAGAAGCUAAAACAUGACAAAUUGGUCCAACUUUAUGCUGUGGUAUCUGAAGAGCCUAUCUAUAUCGUCACAGAGUACAUGAGUAAAGGGAGUUUGCUAGAUUUCUUAAAGGAUGGAGAAGGAAGAGCUUUGAAGUUACCGAAUUUGGUGGACAUGGCGGCCCAGGUGGCCGCGGGAAUGGCGUACAUUGAGCGGAUGAAUUACAUACACAGAGAUCUGCGGUCUGCAAACAUCUUGGUGGGCAACGGCCUAAUAUGCAAGAUUGCUGAUUUUGGGUUGGCAAGACUGAUUGAAGACAAUGAAUAUACAGCCAGACAAGGUGCAAAGUUUCCCAUUAAAUGGACUGCGCCAGAAGCGGCACUGUAUGGAAGGUUCACAAUAAAGUCAGACGUGUGGUCUUUUGGGAUCCUACUGACAGAGCUGGUAACAAAAGGGAGAGUGCCAUACCCAGGCAUGAAUAACCGUGAAGUCUUGGAGCAAGUAGAACGAGGUUAUCGGAUGCCGUGUCCUCAGGACUGUCCCAUCUCCUUGCAUGAGCUUAUGAUUCACUGCUGGAAAAAAGACCCAGAGGAGCGUCCAACUUUUGAAUAUUUACAGGGUUUUCUUGAAGACUACUUCACUGCAACAGAACCCCAGUACCAGCCUGGUGACAACCUGUAAAUCCCUGUUUUCCAGACACUGUCAUGAAUUACCAGGUGUUUCUCAGCCCCGUCCCACCUGCUCUCCCCACCUUCCAGCUCUGUGAUUGGCUUCUCCAGAGUGCAACAUCUUCCAGCACUGCAGUGCACAGGAGGGGCUGAAGCUGGGAACUUCCACAGCCCUUGCCUAUGACCACUUGUCCUAAUAAUCUGAAUGUCCUGGAUGAAAAGGAGAAAAACACUUGUUUUUUCUUAAUCAGAGACUCCAAAACUGCAUUGUAUUGAUGUUAUGUAAACUGCAAAACCUCUGUUCAUUGUAAAUAGUAACUCAGUGCCAAUAACUGAUCCUAGUGCUUUCCUUUUUUUAAAAUGCAAAACUUAUGUGAUUUUAACUAGUCUUCUCCUGAUUCAACUAAAAGUAUUAUUUUCCAGAAGUGGCCUCUUUGUCUAAAACAUUUUUUUUUCAUGUUUUAACAAAUAAAAAAAUCAGGACAGGUGUUUGGGUUUUUGCUUUUUUAUAUAUAAAAUAUAUAUAAUAUAUAUACAUACCUGUACAUACAGUAUAUGGGUGCUAUUGCAGAGGAGGCUCAUUUGAAAUUGAAUGAAUCCUGCUGCAGCUGUACCCAGAAAGCGAUAAUUUUACUGCAGACAUGAAAACACUGGUGGGAUUCUGAAAGCCAGUGAUCUAAUUUUUGGCUUUUGCCAAGCAUGAUUUUUUUAAAUUGGAUUGCACUUUUUGUUUAUGAUUAUGUACCUGUAGAUGGUUGUAACUUUGCUCUUUCAGGAAUCACGUGCUGUAUUUACAGUAAUGUUUCCAAUGUUUGAGAAGUGUGUGAUGAUUUGUUCUUGAAAUUUAAACCAACAUAUUUAAAGCAAGAAAACUACACCAUCACUGUUUGAACUGGAAAAUUGAAACUUCAAGGACUUCUUGAAUCAAAACACGUAUACUGAAAUGUUUCAAAAAGAUUUAUUAAGCAGUGUAACUACAUUCAGAUGGUCUUAAAAUAAUAGCAUUUUAGCCAUGUCCCCCUGCUAAACUGUUGGUCAUGAACUAGGAUUUUUCUGUUUUAUGUGUAACAUUUUUCCAUUGUAAAAUAAGUGUGUUAAGUGUCCUGUACUGCUAAUGAAAUUACUUUCUCUGUGUCUGCAAGUUCUCCAGUGGAAUUACUAUGCACUUCUUUACAUUUCAUGGGGGAUGCACAGAACAAAGUAUUACCUUUUCAGUUGUCUGUACCAGCCUUGAAUUACUUACGUUUAACCAAAAAACACAAAAAAAUUUCCUUUCUAUUUCUAUUGAGUUUUUAAUACUGAGUUGCAAAUUUUAAAGACUUAAUUACAUUUUGUUAUGGUUUAUUUGCAAGUUUACAUUUUAAAACUGUUUAACUUUCUUAAUUUAGUAAUUAAAAAAAAGAGCAUUUUA